AUGGGUAGCCAUGAGUGGUUAAACUAUCAGAGGGCACUCCUAUAUAAAGAUGAGCAGAAGCAGGUGCAUGAAUCAAUUCUAGACGUCUGGCAAAUUAAAGCAGCAGAAAAGUCUUCCUUCUUUUUACAGGAAAACACAAUGAAAGGAAUUCACUCUCUGGCUGGACUGCUGCUGUUGAUUAUUGUUCAAGGCAGCUGGCAGAUCCCUAUUCAAGAAACAGGAGAUAAGUCAAGGUUAUUGAGAAUUAGAGAAACUGAACCAACUGAUGAAGCCAGAGAGCUAUCACAUAUCAAACGUCACUCACAAGGCAUGUUCACCAAUGAUUACAGCAAAUAUCUGGAAGAAAAGAGCGCUAAAGAGUUUGUGGAGUGGUUAAAGAAUGGAAAAUCUAAAAGGAGCGGAAUGACAGAAGAGGAACUAAGCGAUGAACCUGGAGAGUUGACAAAUGUGAAACGUCACUCUCAAGGAAUGUUCACCAACGACUACAGUAAAUACUUGGAGGAAAAACGUGCCAAAGAGUUUGUAGAAUGGUUGAAGAACGGUAAAUCUAAAAGGAGCAGUAGACCAUAGUGAGUCGAGGAAUGAAGAUACGCCACUGUUUACAAAAAUGUGUCAUACAACAGUUGGAACAUCUUCAAAAUGUGUGAUUAAUGACAUAAUCAUUCUAUAGUAUAGAAGUUACUUGUAUACAUUUAAAUUAAUAAACACAAUCAGUAAAUAUUCAGGUUAUUACAUAAGACUGACUAAUGUAAAUGAAUAUAUGAAAUACGCAGUCAUGAUAUUCAAAAUCUAUUGUUCUUUUUUACAUUUCCUUUACUUAAAACAAUCCAACUGAUAAUAAAACAAAUGCUGUUAUUAAAAUAUCGACAAAUGGUACUGUUUAA